AGCGUGUUUUGUCUUUUGUGGUAAGCAGAAGAGUGAAGUCCGAUCAGACAGCGGCGUCUCUUCCCUCUUCCCCGGAUCCUUUUAAAACUCCCUCCCGAACCUCUCCCCUUCUACCCUUGCCACCCUACCCACCCCCAGAGCACACCUCAAGGGACAGUUCCGAAUUUCAUUCAGGCAGCAGCCAAAAUCUCCUCUUGUUGGCCAGUAAGCAGUCUGGAUAGUAGCAGGGAUGGACUCCAGUCUGGUUGAAGGAGGACUUAAUGUCACUUUAACCAUCAGGCUGCUCAUGCAUGGGAAGGAGGUGGGGAGCAUCAUUGGCAAAAAAGGGGAAUCAGUGAAGAAGAUGAGAGAGGAGAGUGGCGCUCGCAUAAACAUCUCAGAGGGGAACUGUCCUGAAAGGAUUAUAACCCUCGCCGGACCCACUACUUCAAUCUUUAAAGCGUUCUCCAUGAUCAUUGAGAAGCUAGAGGAGGACAUCAGCAACUCGAUGACCAACAGUACAGCCACCAGCAAACCUCCAGUCACCAUGCGCCUUGUUGUGCCUGCCAGCCAGUGCGGCUCACUCAUUGGCAAAGGUGGCUGUAAGAUCAAAGAAAUCCGGGAGUCAGCAGGAGCUCAGGUACAAGUAGCAGGGGACAUGCUACCCAACUCAACAGAGCGUGCCAUUACUGUUGCAGGGACCCCCCAGUCCAUUAUUGAGUGUGUCAAGCAGAUCUGCAUUGUUAUGCUUGAGUCCCCACCUAAAGGAGUGACCAUCCCUUACAGACCCAAACCCUCAGGCUCUCCUGUCAUCUUUGCAGGUGGACAGGCCUACGCUGUCCAAGGCCAGCAUGCCAUUCCACAGCCUGAUGUAAGUGAAGGGCCCUCUCUCACCAAACUUCACCAGCUGGCCAUGCAGCAAAGCCCCUUCCCCAUCGCACACAGCAACCAGGGCUUCCAGGCUGGGAUGGAUGCCUCUGCACAAACUGGCUCUCACGAGCUGACCAUUCCAAACGAUCUCAUCGGCUGCAUCAUUGGUCGUCAGGGCGCAAAGAUCAAUGAGAUCCGUCAGAUGUCGGGCGCUCAGAUCAAGAUUGCAAACCCAGUGGAAGGCUCGACUGACAGACAGGUCACCAUCACCGGCUCCCACGCCAGCAUCAGCUUGGCCGAGUACCUGAUCAAUGCCCGGCUUUCCUCUGAAGCUACUGGACUUGCAGCAAACUGACAUGGAGGAUCUUCAGCAAACCUUCCCCCACCCCCUACUUUUUACCAAGAGGUCCCUUAUUGAACUUAAUGCAAAAACCAAGUACUUUGAAACUCGCCGUUUUUUCCCAUGCUUUGGUUAGACACUUCCUCAGUUGUAAUUACAGCGUCGUCAGGAUAUUAGUAUUUUAUUUAUUUAUUAUACUUUUAAAAUCCCUUUUGCAUAUAGUUUUGAAAGACUCCUUUCUGUUGUACUUUUACUUUUCUUUUGCUGUAUAUCUGUACGAUCUUGAUAUAUUGUAACUCAAUGUUUCAGAAAAAUCUGGAAAAGGCAUAAAUGUUUUUUUUUAUGUCGGAUUUUUCUUAGAAAAUAUUCAAAAAAAAUGUAGAAAAAAAUGAUAACAUAGAUGGACUGUUCCCUUCCUUUGAAAUGCAGGUAUCUAUUUAUUUUUAUUUAAUACACCGUUCCUUGUACAAUUAGAAUUCAUAUUGAUAAUUGCCUUUUACUAUUUGAAAGCUGUACUUCCUAAAUGAUGCGUUCGAGGGUUUCACGGGUUUCAGGCGGCGUCGGGGCGCUGGAGGUGUUUGCAGGGGAAACUUUGAAGUUGGAAAGUAAUUUUUCAGGUCGAUGGAUUUUAAGCUACUUCCUGUCUUUUCUCUAACCUGCUGAUUUAUUUGGUUUUUGUCAUUCCUUUGUUUCCAUGGGUUUGCGAUCAGGACGUUUGAGCAUUGGAAUCUAAUUAGCAUGGGGUGGGUGGGGCUUGGUCAUCAGAUGGGGGGGUGGUAAAAGAUGGAAAAAUAUUUUCUUUUCUCGGAAAUGACAAAGAACACGAUAACAUUGAAAUGUUUGUUUUAAAUAGAGAAAAUAUUUUUUUUAACUGCAGGGCUUGGGGAAUGCUGCAAGGGGCAAAAACUACCAAGACACGUUGGUCUUUAUAAGUAUAUUAUACUGAGAUAUUAAAUUAUGAUUAACUAGAAGGAUAACUAUAGAAUUAACACUAGUUUCCUGCUAUCUUCUUUUUGCCUGGGUCAGAUUUUUAUUUUUACUAUUCUUUGCAGGAUGAAGAAACAAGUUUUUGUGCACGUUUUCAAACUAUUGUAGAUCUGGGUGCAAUUAAAAUGUUGAAGACAUGAAAUGCAGAAAUAAAAGAUGUGAAAUGCUUCAAGGAA